CGGAAAUAAAGAGAAUAAGGAAAAUUCAGCGUUAUCAUCACGACCCAAAAAACGCGUCAAAAGUUACGAACAAACUUAUCUUGAUCUAGGACAAAAGAAUUUUGGUACAUAUACAUGUCCAGAAUGUCAAAUGUCUUAUGUUCAAGGAACACUAGCUGAUGAUACAUUACAUACUAAUUUUCAUCGCUUAACCCUUGAAGGAAUUAAAUAUCAUAGUUAUCAAGAUGAAAUUACGUUGGAAACAAUUCCUGAAAUUAAUGGUCGUGUGGUAUUGCUUGUUUAUAAUGAAACACGGUUCUUUGAAAAACUUAAAAUCAAAAACACUAUUGAGUGGGUCAAUUUAGAGCUUGGUGCGGUAGAAAUGACCGAGGAGAAGUUAAAGAUGAGUAAAGCGUACUUUUAUGUCGCUAAUAAAUAUGACAUUGUUGGAUUCGCUUUGGCAGUUCGAAUUGAAAAAGCCUACAGAGUUGUUGAUUCUUCAAGCGAAAAUGCUCAAAACGAAUCCAGAAAAGUGUCAAAAUUGCAAAUUGGAAAUGAUAAUGAUGGGUCGGGUAUUUUCUGUAGUACGAAACCACUUCGUGCUGCUUGUGGAAUUAGCCGGUUAUGGGUUAAGAGAGACUAUCGAAGGAAAAAAAUUGCGACAAAACUAUUGGAUAGCGUCAGAAAAAAUUUUAUUUAUGGUUGUGAACUCAAGCCUGAUGAAGUAGCAUUCUCGCAACCAUCUGGAGAUGGUAAAGCUUUUGCCUCUCAAUACACAGGAACUCGAGAGUUUUUAGUGUAUGCUGAUGAAUAGAUGCGUAUUUGCAUAUAGUUUUAAAACAAAUAG